UUAUCCCUCCAAGACCUUAUCGAUGCCUCGCCAAAGUCGGAAGAGCUCCUCGAAGCGCUCACUGCCGAUCAGAUUCAGCUGAUUCAGGAGACCAUCACCAAAGUGAAGAAAAGGAAACUGGAAAAGACAAAGGAAGCAGAAGACCGUGCAGCGGCUAUCGCCAGUGCACUGGCGGCCGCUGUCACACGUCACGAACAGACGAGCCACGUCCAAGAUGGCACGGAAUGGUUGUCGUUUGUUUACUCCCAUAAUCGUACGAUGAAACGAUACUCGAUACGCACUGAUAUCAACAACGUGUCACUAGAUAUAAUGAGUGAUACCUUCAAGGCAGAAAAUUGCGUGUAUCCGCGAGCGAAUCUUCCUCAAGAGCAAUAUCGCGGCAAUCGUUGGAACUAUGAAACCGAGUGCAAUCUCUUGGGAUGGAAAUUGGCGUGGGUGAACGCGGAUGAAAUCGCCGGGAAACGCGGUCUCAUUCAGCGCGCCGUAGAUUCGUACCGUAAUAGAUAUCCAAGCAUGCGUUCGCGCCGCGUAGCACGACAAGCGAAACUGAUGAACGGUACUUUGCGGAAACGAAAGCAGCGAGAAGAAUCGGUAGAGGACAUUUCCAUGUCAACCACGGUCACGCAUCAACCUAAAACCAUCACCAUUGAAGACGGCGCCAACCGUAUCCGCAUCAAGAUUGGUAUAGAGCAUGUAAAUCUCAAUGAAAUUACGCCAGAAUUCCGGCAGUGUAACUGUGUGUACCCACGCGCGAUGGCUUUGCGUUCCGAUCAAGCGGUAGGGCUCUAUAUGCGGUGGAUGGAAGAAGUCAAGUGUAAUGAGAUGGGGUGGAAGCUGGCCUGGCUAAACCCGCGUCAUCUGGCCAACAAGAAGAAUCUCUUGCAGCGCGCUCUUGAUACCUAUCGAUCGAAAUUUAUGCCUGAGCUACGACCACGAAAACAUUCUUCGCGCUCACCUCCGGUCUCACUGGGCCCGGCGGUUCUGACGACGGAUAAUCUACGAACUUUGCAGGCCAUGGAUCAAAAGAUUACGUCGCCGACCAUGUCUUGCGGUAGCGGAACCACGGAAUCACUGGAUUUUGGCGAUUGUUUCUCG